AUGAUGCGUUUUAAACACUCUCUACGCACAAAACUUUGGAUGAUUUUCCUGGCGAUAACUAUCUCUGGAAUAAUCUUCUUCAUCAGUCAAUCACAACGGGAUCGAGCGAGCGAUUCCAUGGCUCUAUCAAAAGAAGAAUUCUAUCGAUUAGCAGAGGCACAGUCGUUUGCAUCAAAUGAAAGUGCCCAAAUUUCGUGGGAAAUACUGCUGGAAUGGCGAGUGUUUCGUGGUGAGCGAUCUUUGGCGCAACACAACCGAUCAUCGAGCUCGAGUUGGAGCGUUGACCUUUUAAUUUCCAGUCAAGGACCCAUUCGCACUCUGAGCACACAAAGUUUUGAGGGGAUGAUCGUUUUUGAGAUGCCAUUGAUCCUUCCAACUGACUACAUAUUUGAUUCUUUGAAUUCGAGUGGAUGGCGAGUAAACAAAUCAUCGCUUCCGAUGGGCUAUCUCACCGAUAUCGUCCAAGGGAUCUUCUGGACAGGAGCACUAGAGUUGGACAAGGAAGUAGUCGGCGAUGUGCUCGUGAUUGGACUCGGCGCCGGAGGAGUGAACAACUUUCUCUCGACUUCUUUUCCAAAUUUAAAUCUGACCAUGGUUGACAUCAAUCCAUCCACCAAAACGAUGGCCAUCGAGCAAUUUGAGGUGAUCGAAAACGGGAAGACUCGCAUAAUUAUCGAGGAUGGCGUCAAGUACAUUGAUGAGCAAGUGAAAGCAGGGAAAUCUCAAUUAUUCGAUGCAAUAAUUGUUGAUGCUUGUCACAACGACUUUCACCACCCAAUCAUUUGCCCGAUUGAUGAGUUCACGAGUGAUGGGAUACUUGGACAAAUCGAGAAGUUGUUGAAACAGAAUGGUGUGCUCAUCGUGAAUGUUCUAACAUUUGAUCUCAUUCAACAGCGAGAGACAUUUGAUCGGGUUUUAAAUUCUCAUGCAAAAGUGUUUGGAGAAAGGGCGUGCACAAUGAAAAUUGUGGAGGAUUGGGAAAAUCGGGUUCUCUUCUGUAGCCGAUCCUCUCGAUUAACAUUUGAAGCCUCUCCUUUGAAAGAAAUCACUUUUCAUCGAUGGAAAAUAAAUGAAUUGACUUGGUCAAUUGGAUCAUAUCCGAGCUCGUUAACCAAGGAACAAGUGAGAAAGUCCUUUGCCAAUGCAUUCGAUGCGUGGUCACAAAUCUCUUCUUUUGUUUUCACCGAGAUUACAAGAUCCGAUUAUGCUGACAUCAAGGCAGCUCUUGCCGUGAUGGCAGUCACUCAUUUCCCUCCAAGUGGCAUUUCCCUAUUCAAUGCGAAGACGAAAUGGGUUGAUACGGAUCCAAUAGGUGAUAUUGAGAUGGAUCUCCGUCGAGAGGCUCUUCAUCAAAUUGGUCAUGCGCUUGGAUUAAAACAUUCAAAAGAUCUCUCCUCAAUCAUGCAUUUUUCGCAAUAUCGGCAUACUGAACAUGAAGUCAAGAUUGAGGAGAUUGACGUGGAGGCUCUUCAGAAACUUUAUGGU